AAGGUCAGCCUGAACUACAUAGCCAGACUUUGUCUCAAAAAAGAAAGAAAUGCCUAAGUUUGUAACAGUUGCUUUGAAUGCAUGAACUUGCACUAAAGUGUGUUUGAGGGCUAACUGAAACAUGAGAUUUUCCUGGGUAAUCUUGAGAAUGGCUUACUGACAAGAUUCUUAGCCUUUCUGCAUCUUCUGCUGAAAGCAAGUUGUUUUAUUCUUUGGAAUGGAAAAACAGAAAAACUGGAAAAAGGCACUGUAAAUUCACAUAACUGUCACAUAGGUAGGUAUUCAGUGAUACAGAAGAUUCCAGAACUCUAAAUGGGUUGGAGGUCUGUGAUAAAAAUUUUGUAGCUAAAAUUUACAAUAAGAGUUUUGGAGUAGUUAAGUCACUCUGCCGGCUUUAAGUCAAGCAGGGCUGAGUCCUGCCGGACUCAAGGAGAGGGGUAGUGAGGUCCUAGCAGGUGAGCAUGGAUGUGUCCACUUUUGAACACGGCUCCGGGGGACGCGGCCACUGUCUGGUAAAGCUUAUCGCCAGUUACCCUAGACCCAUUUUUCCUUUUUUUUGUGAGCAGGACUAGUAACCCUCACGGACGUCAGGCUGAGUAGCUAGGCUAUAAAAUGCACCAUCACAGGUGUGCGCUGUCUUUCUCUGCUUGUGGCUCAUCUUCAGGGCUGUGACCAGCGUGGCUGGUAGGUGUGGUGCAGACGUGUAGGUGACAGGUGGCACAGGUGAGGGAGAAGACUGCCGGGAGGUGGGUCUGACAGGCUCCCCGGUGCUCAGGAUAGCGCUUGUCCUUCAUCUGGGGACACGUUGUGGCUGAGGAGAGCAGGCUAGAGUAGGAGCCAGAGGGCUGAACCUCUUCACUUCAUGGAUCACCCAUGGGAGUCCCUUUACUCCUUCUGCUUAGUUUUGUCAUGUGGAAAAGGAGAAUAGCAGUACUUGCCUUACUUCUUUUUGAAAAAAAAAAGGAUCAAAUAAAGUAAGAUUUUAAGACUCAUAAAGAAUUAUUCAUGUGUGUGUUCACUGUGUUCUCAUUUUAGCCAGGCCUUAUGAAGGGCAGGAGGUAGGCUGUCUAGGGUAUGCUGAUUUAAUUCUUGCCUAAAAUUUUUAGAUUGGUUUCUGGUGAACGUAGUGUGUGUGUGUGUGUGUGUGUGUGUGUGUGUGUGUGUGCAAACUUCCAGCCGUAUUUCUUUUCUUGAGAAAAGUAAUAUACUUUUGAUAAUAUUAGAUCCUUGAAGUGAGGGACUGAGGUUUAACAUGGUGCUAGAUAUAAAGCCUGAAAUUUAUUUAUCCCAAAUUAGUCAUUUAAUAAAUAAGAAGAAUAAAUGAAAGAAAUACUUGAGAGUAACGCCUUCUUGUGGAAAUGGUACGGCAGUGAAAGUCAAAGAGCUGGUCUGAAGAGAAUUCAGGUACUGUAAUUAAUGAUUUGGCUGCGGGAGUCCACUGGGAGAAGAGGCCAGGAAAUAGGUAACUGGGGUAGUAGUGAUUUAAACUAACUAUGAGGCCAGAAACUGAUGCCUGUAAAUGACUAGAGGUAGGGGAAGUCCAUGUCAGGGCUUUUCCCACUCCUUUUCUGGACCCCUUUGCCGUUACGUUUUAUUUAUAGCCAACUCUCCAAAAUCUAGGUAGAAAAAAGUUACAAGUACUGUUUGUCACUGUUCUCAAUUUGAUAAUACUGAGGCUGGCAACAUUAACCUUGAUGUGUUGAGUUUUAUUUCAUCUCUUGUCUUUUGUAGAUUCUCCAAUAUUCUAAGGACCCAAAGCCCCUAAGUGGAGGAAAGAAAAGAAAUAUAUGUCCUAUUGAAUUAGUCCCCGAAUAAGGGAGAAUGUUGGUUCUUGGGUAAUUCUGCUGGUCACUUUGACGCUUUAUUUUUUAAGAAUUGUAUGCUGUUUCACCCAGCACCCCUGACAGCAGAUGUAGUUAGAGGGGCAAAUUUAUGAGAGAAGUUACUUGAUGUGCUACAAGACAAGGCUGUCCUUAGGGUCCCCAGGGUGGGUGAGUGAGCGAUCCCUCUGGUACUUAACCAGCUUUUUCUGAGCUCUUACAGGGUCGAAGUCUAAGAGAUGAGGUUUUGGCCUGGUAGAGUUCCCGAGGAUUAGACGACUCUGAGCUCUGGGAGGAAGAAAUUGCAUGACGGUCGCACAUGGACAGGUGACUUUCUGGCGAAGAUCUGCCCGACCGCUGACCUAAUUGCUGCUUCUGAGGGACUCAUUCCUGGGCCGGGGCGCAGUGGUUCCACCGCCUGCCUUGCAAGCACAAGGUCCCGAGUUUGAUCCCCGGUACCAAAACUGUGGUCAAAAAAGAAAUCAUGACUGAAUCUGCCUCUAGCACAAGCGGUCAAGAGUUCGAUGUGUUCAGUGUUAUGGACUGGAAAGAUGGAGUAGGUACAUUACCAGGAAGUGACCUAAAGUUUCGGGUAAAUGAGUUUGGAGCCCUGGAAGUUAUUACAGAUGAGACUGAGAUGGAAAAUGUUAAAAAAGCAACUGCCACCACCACAUGGAUGGUACCGACUGCUCAAGAAGCCCCGACCUCUCCCCCGAGCUCCAGGCCGGUAUUCCCACCUGCCUACUGGACAUCUCCACCUGGUUGUCCCACAGUCUUUUCAGAGAAGACUGGGGUGCCUUUCAGGUUGAAGGAACCGAUGAAAGUAGACGGGCUUCCGUUCUGUGAGAACUGCUGUCAGUACGGCAGCGUAGAUGAGUGUCUUUCUGGAGGAAGCUUUUGCAGCCAGAACUGUGCUCGGCAUAUGAAAGACAAGGGUUAUAAAUACAACAGAGAUCAGAAGGAAGAAAGGGACGCAGGAGAAGACAACGAGGAAGAGGAUUCUAAAUGUAGUCGGAAGAAAAAACCGAAAUUGUCUAUGAAAGCGGACCCCAAGGAGGACGGAGAGGAGAGGGAGGACGAAAUGGACAACAAGCAGGAUGGAAGAAUCCUCAGGGGUUCGCAGAGAGCCCGGAGGAAGCGGCGAGGGGACCCGGCUGUCUUGAAGCAGGGCAAGAAGUCUUGGUGCUGGGCAUCCUACCUAGAAGAGGAAAAGGCUGUUGCCGUGCCUGCGAAGCUCUUCAGGGAGCACCAGUCCUUCCCCUACAACAAGAAUGGAUUCAAGGUCGGGAUGAAGCUGGAAGGCGUGGACCCAGAGCAUCAGUCUGUGUACUGUGUCCUCACCGUGGCCGAGGUCUGUGGGUACCGGAUAAAGCUGCACUUUGAUGGAUAUUCAGAUUGCUAUGACUUCUGGGUGAACGCGGACGCCCUGGACAUUCAUCCUGUUGGGUGGUGCGAGAAAACUGGCCACAAACUGCACCCUCCGAAAGGAUAUAAAGAAGAAGAAUUUAAUUGGCAGACCUAUCUUAAGACAUGCAAAGCUCAAGCUGCCCCUAAGUCAUUAUUUGAAAACCAGAAUAUAACGGUGAUCCCAUCAGGCUUCCGAGUUGGAAUGAAGCUGGAGGCUGUGGACAAAAAGAAUCCUGCCUUCAUCUGUGUUGCUACGGUAACGGAUAUGGUGGACAAUCGCUUCCUGGUGCAUUUUGACAACUGGGAUGAGAGCUAUGACUAUUGGUGCGAAGCCUCUAGCCCACACAUUCAUCCGGUCGGUUGGUGUAAAGAACACAGACGGACCCUCAUUACCCCACCAGGUUAUCCAAAUGUGAAACAUUUUUCUUGGGAUAAAUACUUAGAAGAAACCAAUUCUUUACCUGCUCCUGCAAGAGCUUUCAAAGUGAAACCUCCACAUGGUUUCCAGAAAAAGAUGAAGCUGGAAGUCGUAGAUAAAAGGAACCCCGUGUUCAUUAGGGUCGCGACUGUUGCAGACACGGAUGAUCACCGAAUCAAAGUUCACUUUGAUGGCUGGAGCAGCACCUAUGACUACUGGAUAGAGGCCGAUUCUCCUGAUAUCCACCCUGUGGGCUGGUGUUCCAAAACCGGACACGCUCUUCAGCCUCCUCUGAGUGCCACAGAAUUAAUGGAAGCUUCUGACCAAGGUGGGUGCCCAACCCUCGGCUGUAAAGGGAUCGGCCAUUUCAAGAGAUCACGGCACCUGGGCCCUCAGAGUGCUGCCAGCUGUCCCUAUUCAGAUAUCAAUUUGAAUAAAGACCGCAUUUUCCCAGAUCGCUUAAGUGGUGAGAUGCCUCCAGCCAACCCAACAUUUCCAAGAAACAAGAGGACAGACGCAAAUGAAAGCUCUUCGUCUCCUGAAGUCAGAGACCAGCAUGCCGAUGAGGUCAAAGAAGACGUGGAAGAGAGAACAGAAGGCGAAAGGAGACCGGCACACGAAGCCAGAGGUGCCCGGGAGGAGUCUACCGUGCAGCAGGCACAGCGCCGGUCAGCUGUGUUUCUGUCCUUCAAGUCCCCAAUUCCAUGUCUGCCCUUGCGCUGGGAGCAGCAAAGCAAACUUCUCCCAACUGUCGCCGGAAUCCCUGCUAGCAAAGUGUCCAAAUGGAGCACGGAUGAGGUGUCAGAAUUCAUACAGAGCUUGCCUGGCUGUGAAGAACACGGAAAGGUGUUUAAGGAUGAACAAAUCGACGGAGAAGCAUUUCUCCUUAUGACCCAAACGGACAUUGUUAAAAUUAUGAGCAUUAAGUUGGGCCCUGCACUCAAAAUUUUCAACUCCAUCCUGAUGUUCAAAGCUGCAGAGAAGAAUUCUCACAAUGAACUCUGAAGGUGGCGAGGGCUGAGUGCCAGCAGCUUUUGGCUUCACGUUUUAUUCAAAGCACAAGGACGGUUAUAACUCUUAAAUGAGAAGUCUCCAAAACGCAAAGAGCAGCACUAUUGGAUUAUUUAUAUUCCUUGAGAGACAAUAUAUAUGAAUUCUUAAGAAAGUGCUUGAGCUUUUAACCAGGUACUGUCUAAAAACAGUCAUCUUUUGGUUCUGUUCACUGAGCUAAAUUUAUCUUUGUAAAUCUUUUUGAGGCUAGGGGGUGGGGGAAGGGGACCUCAUUGAUUAUUUAUGGAUAAGGGGGGGGCAGAGUAAGAACUUUUGGCAUUUUGUAAACAUUGUUGAAUUCUCUUUCAUGUACACUUUCUUUUUCAAUACUUUCAGAAACCUUUUUAUAUAAUUGAAUUUCCACUGAAACCAAAUUAGUCAAAGCCUGGCUAGCUUUAGCCAGCGGGAAUGUUAACCUGUAUUAUUCAUUCUGUGCCAUAUUCAGAAUUGCAACAUUAUGCUAAGUAUAACUUUGCAAGUCAUGAUAUUGCCCAACUGCUUGUCAUCAUUCGGUGGGGCUGAAUAGUUGUAAAACUGACUUUACUUUGAAUCAGUGUUUACUUUUGCACGCAUUAUGAAAUGUUAAACAGAUUACUUUUCACCAGCAUCUUUACUAUAAUUACCAAAAACAUGUAUAUAAAAGAGUGGAUUGAAAAAUAAAGUAUAUCGCCAUGAAUGACCUAGGCAGUGUAUGAGAGCAGCAUCAGUGUGUCCCGCCGUGGUGCCUGUGUGACAGGAGUCAGAGGGCCUUGGAGGAGGUGUGGCUCCGUGCGGGGAGUGGGGGUUUCUUUAGUCGUCACGGAGGUGGCUGUGCUCUUCAGGGAGGGAGGGCUCCUUCUGUCGGUGGACACACUAACCCGUGAAGAGGCGUCUCCAGUCUUACAGUGAGUCCCAAACACAAAGGCUUUCUUCAGGGCUGGCUGAAGAGUGCGCUGGUUUUAUUGAACAGGGAAGGCGCGAGCGACCGAGACCAUCACGCGUGGAGUUCUCGGGACUCACGGAUGAGGGAAAGGAGCCCCAAAGCCGUUAUUCAAGAUCCUCCGUUCCAGAGGGAUCCUUUCUUUAACAUAGCUUGCCUUGAUACACAAGCACUCGGAUGCACUUUAAAUGAUCUAUAAACUAAUAGCUGGCAGAGUCUCUUUUAUAAAAAUGUAUUUCUAAGGGAAAAGUUACUUUGUCAGUCUUACGAUGUUCUUUGUAAUUGUGGGAUUCGGCAAUGAUUCACGGACUCUUAAAAAUACAGCUUAAGCUUGUAGCAUGCUGUCUGGAUUCUAGGCGGAGUCCCACACUUAGGUGCCCAUUUUUGUCUGGUAUGGGACUUCCUGUGUGUGCCCUGCUGGGAGUCUGUGAGUAGUUGUUUGCACCUGGCAUGAUUCAGCGAUAUCUGCAGCGUGACAUUCGUUUCCUUGCAUGAAUCUGCUGGAUAAGGUUUUCUUUGUUGUCCCCUUCCCCCUUUUUAUAUUCUGUUCAGAAUUUGUACAUACA